AUGGAGGAGUGCAUAAAGUAAGUUGGUGUUAUGUCAUGUUUCGCUUUAUAAUAUUGAACACAACCUUGCACUCUUAAUCUUGCUAAAUAACCUGUCAAACACUUCAUCCACCUUUUCCUUCUUUGUCUCAAGUGUUCUUGCAUAUUUUCUAAUUUCGUUUCAUCUACGUUGUUUCCUUUAAACUUAACUUAUCAUGCUAUAAUGGUAAAUGCACAAUUUUUCCCUAUGGGCGAAUGAUUUUUCACAGCUUCUCUCUUUUGCGAACGUGACACAAGGCGAAAAGGAUGCAAAGAUAGACUUUCGACAAGCCUUUUGGUAAACUUUUUCAAUCAAACCUUCUUUAAUUGAUUAGUUUUUAUUCAAAGUAAAUUGAAUUCAUUAUGAUAUUUAAGCUUUCCACCUUAAAGGUACUGUUUUUUUCCCUUUAUGGAAGGUGUGAUACAUACUCCAACUGUUUACCCGGACGAUCUAAAAAGAUAACAAAUUGUACGAUAUAUUCUGGACACACUUGCGACGGAUGUGAAGAAGGAUACUAUCACCACCGAGGCGUUGGCUGUGAUAAGUGUUCACCUAAAUGUGAUGCUAUGACUGAGGACGAAAUACAGGCAUGCAUAACUAGGCAUGACCGCCGUUGUGUACCAAAACGAGAGUUGCCUAAAACUCCUCCUGUCUUUAGUAAUGGGAAGAAGGACGGGUGUGAAGAAGGAUACUAUUACCGCCAAGACGUUGGCUGUGAUAAGUGUUCACCUAAAUGUAAUGCUACGACUGAAGACGAAAUACAGGCAUGCACAACUAAUCAUAACCGCCAUUGUGCACCAAAACGAGAGCUGUCUAAAACUCCUCCUGUCUUCAGUAAGUUAAUUCACUUCCAUUUGCUUCGAUAUUUGGUAAUUAAGACAACUUUAGAAUGAUGGAUUGGAAAUGUUUCUCCUUCAGAUGAUAAUCCAUAUUUUAAAUUUGUGUGCUUAGCUCAGUUCUUGCAAUUUUUGGCGCUAACUGAAUGAGUUGUUUAUUUGGAUCUAAGCUUUCAUAUUUUGUUUAUUUUGAUUGAUUUUUGUUCGCUUUAUUUUUCUUUUUGAGGUAAUGACUCAAAAGUUAGAGGUAAUUCUAGCAGAACUGCCAAUGAGGAAAAAAGCGAGAUACCACAAAUUGAUCCUGGGUCGGUAGAAUCUAAAACAGCUUGGCCACGAGAGGAAAAUUCAAUCGUUACCAAUCUGUGGUUUUGGUUUCCACUCACGGUGAUCGCACUAUUACUAGUCACAGUCCCGAUAAGGCGUUAUAAGAGAAGAAGUCGAGUAAAUCGUCCACCUCAACCAGAGGGCGAUGUCGAUACAGAUAACACAGAGGAGAACAUCGUAUUGCGCGAGCAAAAGACUCCAUUGAUAUCUGAAGGUGGUUUGGAUGCUCAUAACACGAGGGAAACUGUCUCUUCAGCUGAGCCACGAGUUCCUUUGAGGCCAAGGCAUGAGUUAGGUGAGCUUGUGUUGCUUGUCCUCGUUUUUUCUUUUAAGGGUCGUUUUUGUAUACAACACAUAAUUUCUUAAGUGCAGAUUUUUUUAUCUUGCUUGUCAGGUACUUUGCACUAUGUAUUUCUAUAUAUUUAAUACUUAAGGUAGUUAGUUAGUAAGUCGUUUUUAUAGGGAUACCCUCAUUGAUCUCCCUCUCCUGUACUGUAUGAUUUUUCAAUAUAUUUGCAUUCGAAUAGUGUAUUAUUAAAAGAUGUCUCCGCUACCAAGUUGCACACUGAAAUGUAAUUAAAAUGACGAUGAAAGUUAACGUAAAAUCUUUAAAAAGUUCGAGUUACUUACUUCGUACCCGAUUUUAAAAAGACUGCGAGACUACUUUUGUCAACAGUAAUUGGUGAAAGUUAAAUUCCUGCGACUUUAUUAAAGUUUGGAUGAAGAAUGAAAAAGAAUAACAGUAGGAGUCCGUAGUAGGACUAAUGUCUUUGAGAAUUAUUUUUUUGUUCGAAUCUGUCGCCUGUGGAAUGAACUACCUCUUAGUAUAAGAGAGUCAAAUACCCUGUCGAUCUUUCGUAAGAAUUUGAUGGCCUUUUAUCAUGACAAGUUUAAUGUAGAAUUUUUAAUUUUACACUGUACUUAACUAAAUCAUUAGUCUAUUUAUAACAAUUUUAUUGAUAAGCGUUCAUGUCGCAUGUCUUUUAUAACUGACUUUUUAGAUAAUUUUAUUACUUAAUUAAUUCUGUAGAUGUAAUGAUAGAUGGCUUAUUUUUAAGGAGUCUUGUAUUCUGUUUUAAGCAUACCUCAGAUUUGUCAUUCUACUUGUAAAUCUGAAACUUGAUUAAAAAUUAAACAAACAGGACCUCUAAUCUGUUUUGUUGUUGAAUUUUCAGAGAUAAAUUCAGGCAGGGUGGAUUUAGAAGCUCCAAAACCUUCUUCAGAAGAAGUCAGCAGACAAGGUUUGUCUCAACAGUUCAACACGUAAUUCUGUGAUAUGUGUGAUAUCGUAUGCAAGUUGUCAUUGCGUAUACGCAAAAACGCAAAUACAGUAGUUUCUUUCAUUUUGUGGUGUUGCAAGCGGAAUGUACGAUUUGCAAGUAACAGUUUCCAUGUCAUCGAUCUUAAUUUGCAACUGUCGUGGGCAGUCGUAGGAUAAGUUUGAUUCACUCAGUGUGCAUCUGCCACAACCCCCCCUCCCCUUUCCCAGAAACCUAGUUCCGCCUCAGAAUUUUAUGUCAUAAUCAACACUGUCACAAAAUUCUCGAACAUGAUUGGUUAUCACCAGCCUGAUUUGAGCACUAAUAGGACAGUGUACGCGUCAUGCUUGUAAUUGGACGGUGAAAUAGGACAAUUAAAUGGACACUAAUCUCUUCAUGCCUGUGUAAGUGGACAGAACGCGUCAUGUGUGUGCGCUGUCUCGCAUUUCGCCGUUUUAACUAUUGUUUUCUAUUUUUUUAAUGAAAACGUAUGAUCGAUGUCAAGUUUCUUUCUCAAAUUUUGUCAUAGUUUUGAUUAAUUAGUAACAGAACUUCAUGUUGUCCAAUUCUGUCUGUAAUCAUACUCGUGAUUAACAAAUCAAUCAAUGAUUUAUUAAUCACUCGUAUGAUUACAGACCGUAUCGGACUCCACACGGUCCUUUUAACAUUAUUAAUCACCAUAGUUGUUUCGUUACUUUCCGUUUAUCAUUUUAAUUCUAGGCUUGGAUCGUCCGAUCAAAGAUUUAGCGAUUAAAGAAAAGAAGCAAAUCAAGAAUGACCUGAGUGGCAAAGAUAUUGAAGGUAGGCAGAAGCUCACGCUCAUGAGUGACCAAGAGAGAAUUUCUCCUUACCAUAUCAAUACAACAUCAAGCAUAGAAGUGAUGAGAACAAAGAAAAAUAUCAAUUCAGGGAUUAUGAGUUGAUCCAAUGCCAAAUUCUCCAAAUUGACCUAAUGAGAAUUGAAUGGCAGACAGUUGGGAGAAUUACUAAAGAGAUCUUAGGAGUUAAAGGAUAAGCUGAUAUCCGUGUUUUAAAAUUUUGGCAUUUUCUUAGCAGUAAAUCAUCACUACUUAAACAAGUUGUGUACAGUGGUGCACGUAGUUUUCCCUUAGAGCUCAAAAACUGCAGCCAUUAAAGUGCCAAUGACAUGCAUUUUUUUUACCCAAAUAUUUAGCUCAUCAUAUGUACAAACCAAUUCCAAUAGAACAAAAAUUUCAAAAAACCUAAAAUUCGGUCUUUUCGGGUCCUAAAGCACUCUUAUUCAGUCUAACAGUGUCCCACGGGUAACAAAUUAGCGGCUGAUGACGUAGAAAACUUUGAAAACUCUCAGUUGACACUCGCAAACUCUCACAUCUCUUGUAAUAUUGUAUCAGUCAGCGUUGAAAUACUCUUGAAAUAAUGUCCGAUAGCAAUGUAUACCUAUCCGGCUUCAGCAAGCUUUACUGAGAGUUGUGAUACAUUCUCCUCAAGAAGUAGAGAAGAAAUGAAGUUGUGAGUACGGUACAGCCCUACAAUGGAGAACCACGCUGCAUCAAACGAAGACGGUUCUCACCUGCGGUGUUUAGGUCAAGAUUAGAAUUAAAAAUUCCCGUUUCUGAAUGUUCAGUUUGCUGCGUUCGUGUUUUGUUUUCUCUGGCGAAAUCUAUGUUAACGUCACAGCUACGUAACAUGAUCGUUUUGGCCGCGCGCUUAUUGGGAACACUUUUUGGUCAUUAAAUCUUACUUUCAAUGCACAAAAAAUGGUCAGAAAGAACUCGCUAGGCGCUAAGGUUGAUUAUGUCUAAUUUUCAAUACAGCUAUAAACCAGAAAAUGCAAAAAAAAAACCGUGUCAUAGGCACUUUAAGAGGUUUCAUUCAAACAGUUUUCCGUAUUGUUCUUAAUUUAGGUUAUUUUUACUGGCAAAGUGUUGCGGAAGAACUUGGUUUCAAAGAUGAGUCCAGAGGAUGGGAAGGUGCGCAAAAUCCAAUUGAAAACCUUCUCAAGGCAUUUGGCGAAAAAGAAGGGAGCACCAUCAGAGGAUUGAUAGAAGCUACCAGGAGAGCUGAGCUGACGCACUGUGCUAGUCAAUGGGAACGUAAAUUUGAUACGACUCCAAGAAAAGAUACAACUGAUUCUGCCCAUACAGCUCUGGUACACGGCACAAAAACCCUUGUUCAUCGUUAGUUUUCCGAAAUGGUGAAAGACUGAAAAAUUCGACAUCAUACUAAUGUUUUCUGAUAUCUGAAAACGGAUGGCAAAUUUACCGUUCACCCUCGGUAAAACUCAAGAAAAACACGAAGUUCAUCACAUGUUACCCUGCACCAGGAAAAUGCCAAUGAACAGCCUGUUUUCUUGAAAGUUUUUCUGUAGUUUUCCUGUGUGCGCGAACGCUUCAUUUUCCACGUGUUUUCCCACAGAAUUACUAACGGUGAAUGCCAUGAAAACAUGAUGUUUUUCUAUUGUUUUCCUGCUCCACGAAAACGCUAGUGUACAGCUUGUUUUCCUGAACGUUUUUCCAUAGUUUUCCCGGGCGCGCGAACGCUGCAUUUUCCAAGCGUUUUCCCACAGAGUUAUCAACGGUGAAUGCAAUGAAAACAUGAUGUUUGUUGAUUGUUUUCCUGCUCCACGAAAACGCUAGUGUACAGCUAGUUUUCCUGAACGUUUUUCUAUAGUUUUCCUAAGCGCGCGAACGUUGCAUUUUCCAAGCAUUUUCCCCACAGAAUUACUAACGGUGAAUGCCAUGAAAACGUGUUGCUCGUCCAUUGUUUUCCUGCUCUAUGGAAACAGUAGUAAACAGCUUGCAUUGUUUUUUUGUAGUUUUCGUGAGCGUACGAGCGCUGAAUUCUCCAAGUGUUUUCACACACAAUUAUUAAUGGUGAACGUAAAGAAAACAUGAUGUUCGUCCAUUAUAUUCUUGCUCCAUGGAAACGCAAAUGAACAGUUUGUUUUCUGGAACGCCUUGAAAACAACAUGUUCAUCGAUCGUGAUCAUUAUUUCCUGCUCUUGAUCCUGCCCCAUGAAAACGCCAGUGAAUAGCUUGUUUAAUAUUCAGAGUAUUGACAACGAUUGGGUCAUUUGAGCCGUUUGGGUCAUUUGAGGCAGUUGAGCUUAUUGGGUCAUUUAUGUGUAUUGGGUCAUUUGAGACAGUUGGGUCACUGGAACUGAUCAUGAUUAGCUCAUUUGAGGCACUUGGGCCACUGGAGCCAAUUGGGUCAUUUGAGGCAAUACAGUUAUCUCAGCUGGUUGGGUCAUUUUGGCAGUUGGCUCAUUGGAACUGAUCGAGUUAUUUGAGGCAGUUGGGUCACUGGAGCUGAUUAGCUCAUUUGAGGCAGUUGGGCGACUGGAGCUAAUUAGGUCAUUUGAGACAAUUCAGUUAUCUGAUCUGGUUGGGUCAUUUUGAGGCAGUUGGCUCAUUGGAACUGAUAAGGUCAUUUUAGGCACUUCAGUUAUUUGAGCUGAUUGGGUCAUUUGAGGAAGUUGGCUCAUUGGAACUGAGAAGCUCAUUUGAGGCAGUUGGGCCUCUGGAACCAAUUAGGUCAUUUGAGGCAAUUCAGUUAUUUGAGCUGGUUGGGUCAUUUUGGCAACAGCAACAACAACAACUUUAUUUUUUCACCCCAAAAUAUACAAUAUGCAGUUAGCUAAUUGGGACUGAUUGGGUCAUUUGAGGCAAUUCAGUCAUUUGAGCUGAUUGGGUCAUUUGAGGAAGUUGGCUAAUUGGAACUGAUUAGCUCAUUUGAAGCAAUUGGGCCACUGGAGCUAAUUGGGUCAUUUGAGGCAAUUUAGCUAUCUGAGCUGUUUGGGUCAUUUGAGGCAGUUGGCUCAUUGGAACUGACAAGGUCAUUUGAAGCAAUUCAGUAAUUUGAGCUGAUUGGGUCAUUUUGGCAGUUGGCUCAUUGGAACUGAUUGGGUCAUUUGAUGCAAUUCAGUCAUUUGAGCCGAUUGGGUCAUUUGAGGCUGUUGGGUCUCUGGAACUGACUAGCUCAUUUGAGGCAGUUGGGCCACUGGAGCCAAUUGGGUCAUUUGAGGCAAUUCAGUUAUCUGAGGUGGUCGGGUCAUCUGAGUUAGUUGGGUCACUGGAACCCACUAGGUCAUUUGAGGCAAUUCGGUUAUUUGAGCUGAUUGGGUCAUUUGAGGAAGUUGGCUGAUUGGAACUGAUAAGCUGACUUGAAGCAGUUCGGUCAUUUGAGCUGAUUGGGUUAUUUGAGGCAGUUGGGUCACUGGAACUGAUUAGCUCAUUUAAGGCAGUUGGGCCACUGGAACCAAUUGGGUCAUUUGAGGCAAUUAGUCACCUGAGGUGGUUAGGUCAUUUGGGGUAAUUGGGUCACUGGAACCAAUUGGGUCAUUUGAGGCAAUUCAGUCAUCUGACCUAGUUGGGUCAUUUGAGGCACUUAGGUCACUGAAACUGAUUGGGUCGUUUGAGGCAAUUCAGUCAUUUGAGCUGAUUGGGUCAUUUGAGGCUGUUGGGUAACUGGAACAGAUUGGACCAUUAGAGGCAAUUUAGUUCUCUGAGCUGGUUUGGUCAUUUGAAGCAGCGAGGUCACUGCAACCAAUUUGGUCACUUGAGGCAACUCAGUCAUUUGAGCUGGUUGGGUCAAUGUAACUGAUUGGGUGCAAUUCAGUCAUUUGAGCUGGUUGGGUUAUUGGAACUGAUUGGGUCAUUUGAAGCAAUUCAGUCAUUUUAGCUGAUUGGGUCAUUUGAGGCAGUUGUGUCUGAUUAGAUUAAAUAAUUAGAUAAUUUGUGUCUGUUAGAUCAUUCAUGUCUAGUGGGCCACAAGUGUCGGUUGUUUGUUUCUGUUGCAUCAUUUGAGUCUGUCGGAUUAUUUGUGCCUUUUAGAUAAUUUUGUGUCUGUUGGAUCAUUUUGUCUAUUGGAUCAUUUGUGUCUCUUUGAUCAUUUGUGUCUCUUUGAUCAUUUGUGUCUCUUGGAUCAUUUGUCUCUUGGAUCAUUUGUGUUUGUAGGUCAUUUUUUCCAGUGCUCCAUUGUAAACAAUGUAUUUUGCACCAAUUGGGUCAUAUGUCCAGUUUGGUAUUACUGGUCCCAUGGCUCAUUUGUGCCAGUUUGGUAAUUUGUUGUUAAUGGGUAGUUACAUCAGAAAUAGAAUUAUUAUAUUGAUCAUUGAAACAUUAUCAUACUUCAUUUUGCUGAGUCUCUCUAUGCUUAGCAUAUACAAAAUACAACAACAUGGAAGACAUAAUCAUUAUAUUUUAUUGUUGCAUUUCGAUAACUUGUAUGACAGUAAUUUUUAAACUCAAAAUAAAAAAAAUCAGUGCAAUGAAGCCUUCUAUCAGUCUAACUUGUUACUCCAAGAACAUUUUCUUGUUUGUAAACUUUUUCCCCUAAAGAACAGUUGGAUUUAAUUCUCUGAACUGGCAUGAAACAAGCUGGGCCAAACAGAUCAAAUGAGUUACACCAGAUUUCCACUGGCACUCCAUGUGAAAAACGUUCCGGAUGAACUGAGUACCAAUUUACUCUUGCAAAGUAAAACAUGUAUCGCUGCUCUGGCAAAUAUGAUUCUGCUAAUUUAACCUUAAUACGGUGACGAAAAAAAAUGAAAUAACUUGUCCUGGUCUGACAUCAUUACAUCCACUGCUACAAGCUAACCGUCCUUCAUGACCUGCCCAGUUUGCUAGAACAAAUGAAUUCCUUGUGGUCUGGCUUUGCGAUGAUCCAUACACCACAGAUCCAACUUUGAGCGAUUUAAAUUCUGCAAUGGUGUGUGGCAUUUCAAGGAAGGUACCCUCACCAAGUCCUAAGAGUUCUUUAUAUACUGACUCUAGUGCAGUUAAAUCAUCAGUGUCUAAUGUUUCAUCUCUAAAUGUUGACAUUUCAACUAUAUCAUCACUUGCAGUCCAAUCACACAAAUGCAAGUCUUUGAUGGAUAUCUCCCUGUGCUGUCGAAGACUGAGGAACUGUUUAAUUGGCUCUUGUGUGUCCUUUACAGACCCUGAACUGUGUGAGCCCUCAAAAACUCCAAGAAAGUCUCCUGAAACAUUUCUGGGUACUCAAAGUCCUUAACUUUGGUUUGUGACAAAAAAUUUUCGCAUCAACUGAAUUUCAAUAGAGCGAUUGUUCGUAUGAAAAGAUCCCAGGAUACCAUUAAAUCUUUCAAAACUGAAGCACCAGAAAGAAUGAAAGGGGCCAUAAUCUAGAAGGCACUCUUUAAGGUGUCCAUGUAGAUGCAUAUUUGGAGUAACCAGAUCCUUCCCACAUAGUUCUUCAAAUGUGUGACAAAAUUCCAUUAAAUGUCUGUCCCCUUGCUCAAUAUCAUCAUCAGUAAGAAUUUUCUUUCCAAGAGUUUUACAGGCAAGGACAAAAUGACGCCAACACUCAAGGUGGUUUUCAGGAGAACUCCUUUUAAAGCAAACAAUGAAUAAACUACUGUCCAGUUCUUCCAUUGAUCAGCAGUAAAUCCUGAAAAACUGUUGGCAAUCUUUCCAGGUAUGCGUCCAAUAUCUUGAGGCACUGUCAUCCCAUCGACCAGUUCUUGGAUCCUUUGAAAGUCCUCAUCAGAUAUGAAAUCAUUUUUUUCAUUAAGCCACACAUUUUUCAUGAUGUGUUUGGCUGUUCCCAGAUAAAGAUUGUGCAUGGGGUCCACAACAAAGUAGCGAAUACAGUCAAAAUAGUCUAGUUCUUGCAGAACUGAAUACCUAGCACCUAACUGAGAACACAGUUUUUGUUGUGCAGUAGGGCUGGUUUCAUCCAUUGUUCUUUUUGCAGAACACUUAUGCUCAGAGGAUGUUCUGGGGCUCCAGUUUUCUCGAUCAAAACCACUAAAAUCGAGGCCAUCUCUAGAACCAAAAGAUUUCUUACAGCGAGAACACCCUUGUGAUGACAUGUGACUUAGAAAUCCCCCUAUUUUUCUUGUGGCUGGAAUGUCUGAGGAGACACAAAUGAGUCCAACCUUUAUUGGUCGUUUAAAAAAACUACCAUGAACUGAGAAUCGUUCCUUACAAGCCCACAAAGCUUGUAACUCUCUCUCACAAGCGGUUCAAGGAAAGUGUUGGCAGUUAGCUUUGGCUCUGAAGGUCCAGGCAGAAUUCCAGUUACUAUGAUGUUCUCAAGUCUAUAUCUUUCAUGACGAGGUAAAUUAAGUAGAACAAGAUACACAACUCCAACUGAUCCUGGUGAAUGCUUAUGAGGUCUGAACCAAUCUACAUUAAGCAUGAAAGCUAAGCUGUUCGAGUUUGAAAGAAACCCAGUUGAAGACAGCUCCCUCCAAACAUUCCCUUGGUAGAUAUCUGUCUUAACAUUUGCAGAGGAAACCUGAUUUCUCCAUUCUUGACAUUUGUUCCACAGUCCAGGUCUAGCCAGAAGACGCUGCAAAGACUUCACAAUCGAGUUAUAUGGAUACACCAUUCUUGGAUAAAGAAAUGUUUUUGUUCCAUUCUGAACAGUCUUUAGUAGUAUUUCAUCACAAGGACCUAAGGAAAAGAACUUCAAAAGUUAUACAAACCCAGCUCAUGUGGAAAACCUGUAAUUUAAUAUAGAAAUAAAAAAUUCUUUCUUACUGAGUACUCAUUGCAUACUCAUUGAACUUGUUCACUUCUAGAAAACCCUCUCCAAGAUGAUGAGAAAAGUCCACAGUUUUUCUAAUAAGCAAAAUAAUCUUCAUUUUAAGAAUGCAGCAACUCACCAGUUUUGCUCCCCCAAUAUCUUUGAUGUAGUAUAUAAGAAAACAAGUGCAAGGGUUUGAUUGUGGCAUCCAAAUGUUGAGAAACAUGAAAUGAAAGCACAAGGCUGCUGGUUUAAUUUGUUUUGAGAUGUUUGGAUGCCACAACCAAACCUGAACAAGAGCCUUUAGCUUGCUUCACAAACUGCCUAUUUCAAUCAUCACCUAAAUUGUCACAUUAUUGUUAUGCUCUUUUCGUUGGUUGCAUAAUUUUGGACAUUUUAUCAGCAACUAUCCAUCUGUUGUCUCUUUCGGGUUUCUUUUGGGGAUUCAAAGUGUGUGCUAAAUUUAUGGUAGUUUUGCUCAUUUAGUUUAUAGCUCUAUGGUUAGUUGGAGCUUAAUUAUGGCAGAAAGUAAUGCAGUUAACCGUUUUCACAUCCCGAAAAGGGGUGAAGAGCAAGGUAAACUGCUAAAGGAAAGUUUUCCCUAAUGUAGUGUAAUUUUCUUAUUUGCCUUACACAUACACAUAAAUUUAGAUAUUCAGUAGAAACUUAUAUCCAGAUCACUGAUGAUCUGGAUGUGUUUUUAUUGGAUAUCUGGAUUCAUGCAUGUGACGAAAUACAGAUAUACAUAUUUAUCAAGUAUCUAGUUUUAUGCAUGUGACAAAAUACUUUCCACUCAUUGGCCAAUAACCUCAGAAUAAUUAAUGAGUUUGAGGAGGAAUACAUCACAUGCACAUAAAAUGAACUGACUGCUAUGUAGUUUCUUACCUCUGCGAUUCCUGUGUGGGUGUCUUGACCAUGGUACAAACUUACAUCGAGCUGAAACUUGCCUUCCACAACGGUUCUGGAUGCAGUCUUUGUAAUCAUACAGGUUUUUGCACUUUGGGCACACAACAUAUUUAAUAAAUUCAUCAUUUCCUAGUAGCCCAAGGUUCUUCCUUAACUUGUAAAGCGUACUUGGCAAACGUUUUGAAAGUCUAGAAAUUAUACCAUUCUCAUCAAAAGUUCCAAGAAGCCCCAAGAAACGACUAAGAAAUUUGAGUAGCAUUUCAACAGCUGAGUCUGUCACAAAGAAAGCUGACUGCCAGGAUACUAGAAACAAUAACAACCAAAAUACAAGAAUACCGCAUCUGUCGGAGAUUGAGGGUGAAUAUUCAUCGGCAUUCUCAGUUGAUUGAUUCUGCUCAAAAUCCUCUUCAGAGUCUUGAGCAUUUGGAAAACCAGACCAGUCUUCGUUCACAGAAUCUUCCCUGACAUUUCUACCACUUUCAUAUGCUUCGAUCUCUUCAUCGUCGUCCUCAAAGUAAGACAGAUCUUCUUCGCUAAAACGUUUCCUUAAUCGGUCCUUGAGUCUUCUUCUAAGAUCUGGAGACAAAGGGCAAUCGAUGAGUUCCGCCUCAGUUCCAUCGAUGCCCUCAUCUACCUCAUGGCAGUUGAUCGGCGACUCUGUCUCAAGGCCAUCGCCAUUGCAUAAGUUGCCGUUUGACAAAAGCUGUGGAGCAUCAUCAGCGUCUCGGUGGAUUUCAUCGCCAGAACUGUCCGGGCAAACGUGUGUCCUCGCUCCAGAAUAGGAGUAACUAUUUCCACAUCUAGAACAAUAAAUUCGACGCCUAUUCCGCCGAUUCAGUUCGCGAGGAAAGCUUCUUUUUGGCAUUGUAAGGUGCUCCAAUCAGCAAAAUAACGAAAAAGGAACUUCGAUCCCAAAAUACAGGAUGAAAUCUUGUCAAAUACUUAAUAAAUUUUGUUAAUUGUUUAAAUUGACCACUAAGAACAUUACUUUGAUGAAGGAUUUUAAUUUUUUGCGUCCCUCUUGGCGCCAUACAUAAGACCGCUGACCAUCAUGCACGAAAUUUUUGACCAAUCAUAUCGAUUGUUAUGACUGCAUACUUCAUUGGACCAAUCAUAUUCCUUGUUUUAGUUUGUUCGUGAAGGGAAAACUCACAACAAUCAUUCCACGUACGACUUGCAAGUCGAGUGAAAGCUGUCUAUUUACCUAACUCUUUAUCGAGAAAUGGCAUCUAGCAGAGCCUCAAAUGUAUCCGAAUUUCGCCAAGUCUUGAGUAGACUCAAAGAUUUACAUGAGAAGCUGGAAAGGUCCGAUCAAUCUAGUCUUGCAGCUAAAUUGUCGGACAUAAAUGACUCCUUAAGCAUUAUCGAAGGUAACCAGACUGACUUCUCCGAUACAGUCCUGCAAACUUUGGAGAGGAUCCAUUCUACGAUGGUAAAUGGCUUUAAAACUAUGGAAGACAGGAUAUCCACGCUAGAAGCCAAACUAACCAGCCAUGAGACUGGAAGCUAUGAUGCAGUGACGCCGCCGAAUUCUUCAAGAAAAAGAAAAAUCGCACGGCACCCUGAUCUUUCGGUAAGAUAUGUGAAUAUUUUCCUCUUUGCUAUUUCUUUGCGUUGAGAAUGUUAACCAUAAAAUUUAUAAGAUAUAUCAAAGGAUUACCCGGUAAGAACAUGGAAAGUGAAGUCAAAAGACGUUUUCAAAUUUCGUGCGCAUUUUGUGAUUUAUAUCACACCUUUUGAUUGAUCAAAGCCGAUCCCCGCCAUUUUUGACUUGCUGUCGGUUGCGAAUUUCUUUUAUCAUCCGUCCUCUUUCGGUGACGCUAACGUCCCCUUAGUUCAAAGAUGUGUUUAUGCAUGUGAGCGAUUGAUUUGUUUGCUCUCUCUUAGAAAGAGAGAAGGAAUGACAAACUUAAAUUUUCUGAUGUUUAAAACACUCAGUUAAAUUCCUCUUGCAUUUAUUGAUGAUCAUUCACAGCAUUACGUCCGCUCCAAGAUGGAACAGUUAGGACUGUCGUGGAACACGGAAAGGAAGUGAGUUCAUAGCCAAAGGGGAGUAAAGAUACUUGUAACAUAGUUUGUGAUUGAAUAGUUUACAACGGAAGUCCAUGUGGAAAGAAAGUGGGAGGUGCAAGUGGUUUGAAGAGCUACGCAUUAAUAAAAUCUCAACCACAAAGGAAAAAAGUAGAAUUAAAGUGGUGAGAGCAGAAGUAAAAAUCAUCGUUUUAGUCCCACGUUUUCUUGAUCACUCAUGUUAGUCCAUGGAAGUUCACUGUAAGAAUACCAUACUGAGGAAUGCUGUGUCAUGGCUCCAUUUGGGCUAUUUGUACCACUUACACCAAAAGAAGAGGUUUCUCAUAAACCUAACCAUUUGAAUAAUGAGUUACAGUUUCUAUUUGGGGGAACCUAUGCUGGAAAUGACUUUGAGGUUUUGCAAUUUACUUUUAUAUACACAUUAUAUUCCAACAGGGAGAAUGAGCCACCAAACCAAGAAGUUGCCAGAAGACUUCUUAAAGAAGUUCAAGAAGUUGAGCAUGUAAAGAAUGACUCUCUCUGCACAGAGAGGCGGAUAUUUGGUAUGUUUCCCUUUGUUAUUGAUUGUUUUAAUUGGUCAGGACCUUUAAGUCAACUAUUUAUCACUUAUCGACUCCAAGAAAUGGAUAUCUCACUCAACUUUUGCUUCAUUGGGAUUGAUUUCUUUUAAAGUUAAACCGCAAGAAACCUGCUCUGUUUACAUCACCUAAGUUGGCUCACAAUGCCUACAUGUUGUCUUUUUCAAACAGAGUAAAUGAUUUUAGCUCUGGUACAUUAACUGUAUAAAGCUAGUCAAAUAAUUUCUCGGGUACAGCUUCAGUAUUAAACCUUGGUUUCCUGGCCUGACCUCAGAAAUAUUUAAAUUUUCAGAUGCUGUCUCUCAAAACUUUGCCUCCAACAAAAGAAAGAGGAGGCAGAUGGAAAAUGGUACAUAUGAGCAGUACCAAAGGGAACAGAAGAGGAGGCAAAGAAUUAAAAGGGUAAGAGUUAGCUUGCUUCAAUGAUGUUUCUACACAAAAAGUUAACUGUGGACCAUUUCAUUCACCUCUUAAACUCUUUCUUUUCCUCUAUUUCUCUACCCUAUGUGAUUGUGGAGAUUGCCAGUAUUGAUGUUUUUCUGCUUGAGCUUAGUUUAAUAUUGAAAAUUGAAUGUCAUGUUAGUUGUGCAAUGAGCCAAGCAGUUUUGGAAAUGUCUUUAAGUAUUAUGAGUUAGAGAGAAACAUCUAUUUCAAAUGAUGAUGAAACCACAACUAUUGUUUAUUUAAUGAAAGUCUGCUAAGUCUAAAACUUUUCAUGUUUUACCCUAGAAACUGGAGAAGAGACUGAGAGUGGUUACUGAGGAAGAAAAGGAGUCAGAAUUGUUCGAGGCAUUGCAUUUGUCAAUGAUAUCCUCAGAUGAAUCUGAUGGCGAGGAUGACACCCUGUCCACAAAGCAUCUUGUCUGGAGGGCAGAGGAGGUUUCUUCUUUCUUCAAAGAACUGGACUCACGGCAUAGGGCAAAUAUGUCCACCCAACAAAGGAGGCAGUCUGUAAACAGGCAGGUUGGCCUUCCAAGUACCAGAAGCCACAAUGAAGUGCCAGAGAAAUUGCUCUGGGCCAUUAAAUUGUAAUUAUUUUUCUUUUUUUUUUCCAUGAAUGCUGUUAUUGUUUACUAGGCAAUUUUGGUUACAGUGAAUCCAUUAGAGUAAAGCAGUAAUUAAUGGAUGUUCUUGAUUUAGAUUAGAUAUGGGAUAUUUACUUCUAGAAGCCCUGCUAUGUUCCUUAAGUUCAACUGCAAAAGUUCUUUUUACACUUGAGGAUGGUGUUGAGUAGGAUUUUUCAAACUCUAAUGUUUGAGCCUAGAAAAUUUUUGAGUAUUUUUGUGAUGUUUAUCAAAAUUAAGGAAACAGCUCGAAAUGUUGAACUGGAUGAUACAUGUAAAAGCUUCUUUUACAACUGCCUGUGUGAGUCCCAAUAUAAUCAUCCAAAUUUCACAUAUAUGCAUUUCAACAUUUUCCCAAUUUUACAUAUGAUCCACCUCAGGUGGUGAACAGAUAUUAGGUUUCACUCAUUUUUGUGCAAGGUUUGUUUGUGUCAUUUAGAAGUCUCAUUUUAUUGACCAAAAUGAAGCAGAUUGUAUUUGUUUGCCAAGGGUGAGACAUACAAUUUUGUUGAUAUUGUAGUAAGAGUGCAUUUUUUUGCGCUGAUACUUUUAAAAUUUUUUUAAUGUUAGUUUUCAAGGUUUUCUGUGUUGUGAAUAUUUGUAAAAAUUGUAUAAUUAAGAACUGAUGUAACUAGGUGAAUACUACUUUGGUUAAUUGGUAAUAAAAAGGCUUCAAAAAAUUUAUGUCAAGGCUCUUAUUACUUGCGUCACAUACGGGAGGGAAUGAUUCCAAGUAGUUCAAUGGAUCAUUUGAUUUGCGAAGUGGAUUCAGCGACUGGUAGAACUUCUUCAAAAUCGUUCUAGAGCAAGGGAGCCUGGAGCUAAAGAAAUUAUGAGCGAGAGAAGUAAAUGUAAAUAUAAAUUUCCAAAUGGUUGACAGUGUAAAACACCGAUGAAUAUAGGAAUACAUGCCAUUUUCCGCACGAUAAUCGAACGGUAAAUACAAGAAAAUGCGUGGGAAUAACCGCAUUCGGGUGGUGAACCGCCGCUAACAACGCGUUUCCUCAACGCAAACAGCUGCAAACGCUAGAAAACAUUGUAUUUCAAUUUGUUAACCAACCCGUGAACGUUGGACGACACUUGGUUUUCAAGCGUUAUCUACGCAUUUACUGUCCUAGAAAAUGGAAGAAAACGCAUUGUCUUCAACGGAAAACGUCUGUGAAAACAAUGUUUUGUUACUGAGAAAACACCAGUAAACAACGGAAUACAAACUGUUUUCCCGUCUGUUAACCGUACUCUUAACACUAAGAAAACAAUCGUUUUCAUAGAGUUCACUGUGGAGGAAAACUGCUGGAUAAUGGAACGAAUACUCCAAUUUGCCGACUCGAAAACAACGGGAGAACGUUGGAUUUUCUUUUCGGAAAAUGUCAGAAAAUGGGUGAAUAAUGCUGCGUUUUCAAAUAUUCACAACUUGUUUUCCGAACGGGUGAACACCACUUUUUUUGCAGUGGUACUGAAUGAAAUAAAUGAUAAUUUCACUUCUGACAUACCUCCAGAUCCGGGUAAAGGGAAUGGUGCAACUGAAUCGGUUUAUAAAACACCAGGUAAAGGUGAAAUAAAUGAUAAGGCUGAUUCUGUUAUUAAUAUACCCGAGAACACGGUAGAAGAAACUGAUGCAAAUUAUAUUGCUGAUACAGCUGUAUGAACGGCACACCUGCAUAAAUGAGUAAUUUUGUGUUGGACACAUACCCA